AUUCCAGAAAUCAAUACAAUGAAUGAUGCAUUCUCCUGACCCAUUCACCGAUCAUCCAGAUUCAGAUGAUUCUUUUGAAAAGUUUGUUCCGACUCCUAAUGUGAAUCGACGACGAAGUGAUGCUAUAAUUGUUUCAGAUGAGGGUUCAUUCGACGGAAUAACAGGAUAUUCCCAAGUAACAGUGAUCGAAAAUUGUCCGAAUACUACUGUACUAGAAGAUGAAAAUAAACGCGCAAAUCCUGAUGAUACAAUAACUCGAAUGCUAGAAUCCAGUGACGAAGAGGAUGAAACUGAAAAUAAUUCUGAUAAUGAUGCACUUGCUGAUCUUUUAAAAUCGUUCAGAACGGAAGAUCAGAAAAGAAAAGAAGUAGACAUUGAACAGGCAGCAAAUAUCAGUAUAGACAUAUUUGGUGAUUUAAUUGAAGAAGUUGACUCAGAACAUGAAGCUGCUGAAUAUCCGGAUAGAGAAGGUGGAAAUAGCAUGGAUAAGCAAGGAACAAUGCUACCGGUUGAAGUUCCUAUUCAAAAUAAUAUCAAACUUAUACCAAGAAAGCGUCGUCUAGAACCAAAAUCAUAUGAUUGUGAACCUUCAACAUCCGCUGCACAUGGCCCAGUUGGUGUUGUUUCAUCAGAUAGUGGCGAGUACUGGAAUCAACAGAAAACCAUCACCAUACAUGGACAAAAUUUCGAAAUAAAUAAUUUUAAUGACUAUAUGCGGAUGAAGAUCACUAAACUUAACCAUCAGGUGAAUCAUGGAUAUGCGAAACCACUAGAGAAUGUGUCUAGAAUAAUGGAAGGAUUCUCGGUAUUUGUGAAUGGUUAUACAGAUCCACCAGCACUUGUUAUCAGAGAUUUGAUGAUUUCUCACGGAGGUGAAUAUCACUGUUAUUAUCAACAUGGAAUUACUUCAUACACGAUAGCUUCCUCAAUUGCUACAGCAAAAAUAAAUCGAAUUCGAGAAAAUGAAAUUUUCAUUAAAGCUGAUUGGAUUACGGAAUCAAUAGCUGCUGGAAAACCACUCGAUUAUCGAGAUUUUUUGAUAUACGAGAAAGGUUCGGUGGAAAAGGGACAAAUGCAACAGUUUCUAACAAUAUCAACUAGAAACACCGGUGGUAACAAUGAAACAACUUCAUCGAAUCAGUUCUCUGAUGCCCGGAAUCCAAACUUUAUUCGAGAUUACUAUGCCAGAAGUCGUCUUCAUUUGAUUUCUACUCUCGCGCAGGAUAUGAAAGAUUUUGUGGCAAAUUUGAAACUGGAAGGAAAGCUAACGGAAAAGUGUUUUGAAGAGAAAGAACUCAUCGAUAUGAAGUCUCUUAGCAAUGAAAUUUCUCGGGAAAGUACAGUAUUCCACGUGGAUCUAGACUGUUUCUUCGUCUCAGUUGCUGUCAGAAAUCGAAUUGAUUUGAAACACAAAGAAGUUGCCAUCACUCAUAGCAAGGGAACUAUUUCGAAUAGCAUGAGCGAGGUGGCUUCUUGCAGUUAUGCAGCUCGUGAUUGUGGAGUCAAAAAUGGUAUGCUCGUGAGAGAUGCUCUACAAAAGUGUCCACAAUUAACUCUAUUACCAUAUCAAUUUGAGGAUUAUGUGCAAGUUAGUCGGAAAAUUUAUGAAAUUCUGGCUAGCUACACAUUGGAGGUUCGUGCAGUCUCCUGCGAUGAAAUGUAUAUAAACAUGAGCAGUUUUUGUGAAAAAUACGAAAUCAACGACCCAACAAUUCUCGCUGAACACAUCCGUAAAGUGAUACGAGAGAAGACUCAAUGCCCAGCCAGUGUUGGAAUAGGAUCUACGAGCUUGUUAGCAAGACUUGCAACAAGACAUGCUAAACCAGAUGGAGUUUUUUGGGUUAAUGCACAUAAGAAAAAUGAAUUCAUUUCCGAGGAAAAAGUUAAAGAUCUACCAGGAUUUGGAUACGAAAUGAUGAAUAGAUUAACUUCAUUCUUUGGUGAUAUUACAAAAUGCCGUGAACUACAAUUAAAAACUGAACGGGAACUUGUACCUGUAUUCGGACCAAAGUUGGCUUCAAAAAUAUUACGACAAUGUCGUGGUAUUGAAGAAGAUCCAGAUGAUUUUUGGGCUACUCAUGUUCGAAAAUCAGUAUCAUGUGAUAUCAAUUAUGGUAUUCGUUUCACGAAGAGAGGUGAAGUUAUUCAACUCAUGACAGCUAUUGGAGCUGAGUUAGAACGGAAACUUAUCGAUAGUAAAUUAACCGCAGGAUCCAUAACUUUGAAGCUUAUGGUACGUUCAGCAAAUGCUCCUAUACAAACAUCCAAAUUCAUGGGACAUGGAAUUUGUGAUACAUUUACCAAAACGUGUAAUCUAAACGUUCCAACUACACGCGGAGAGUCUCUCACAUCAGAAGCUAUGAAAUUAUAUGCUAAAGUUUCUCCGAAAGUAGAAGAUCUUCGUGGAGUUGGAGUUACCUGUGGAAAGUUGAAAAGUAAAUUGAAAAAAGAUGCGGCAACGGCAGUGCAAGAGAUGUUUGGGAAGACCUCUAGAGUUGGGAAUAUGGCGAGAACUGACGAACAAUUGAAUAUUAUUCCGCGAAACGAAGAUGAACUAGAUAAAGAACCUGUGAUAAUUCCAGCUGUGACUGAAGAUCUGGAAGUGCAAAGCAUACCUCGUCAAAUUAAUUUUAGAGUGGCAAAUGACAUAGAUAUUCCUGAAAUUGUAAAAUCCACACUUCUCAAUGGACGAUCUGACAACAACCUCGAAUUGGAAGAUUUGGAAGAUGAUGGAUUAGUUGAAAAUCGUCUGGCCGAAUUGGAAUGUAUUAUUCAAAAUGAGCCAACCAAGGAGAGUGUUACGAACUUACAGGAAAUGCUUUCAACGUUGCUAAACUAUGGAAAACUUUCCGCAUUCGAGACUGUAUUCAGAAAGUUUGAAGAGAUUUCGAUGGAUUCUAGUAGAUGCGACACUGCUUGGUUUUCAGUAUUCCAUUUGAUGGUACCAUUCAUCGAAGAAGAAUCAAAAGAUCUGCUUGAAUUUCCCAUAGCUACCACUCGAAAUUUGGGAGCUAUGAUUGCCAGCAACACUGAUAACACAUCAAUUAGUUCACCAGAGCCAUUUGUUCCAAAAGAAGUAUUUGUAAUUGAUUCCACUAAACAUACCUGAAUUUAAAUCUUGUAAAAUAUUGUUUUUCUUUUUCUGUAAAAUAAUUAAAUUAAAAUGAAUAAAUAACAUAUUUAAGACCAUUGAAUAAACUUUUAUAAUUCAAAAA